CCGAAAUGUUUCGAUAUAUUACCGCAAAGUAAAUAAAACAUAAAAUGAAAAUAAUUGCGUAUGGAAUUGUAUGGCUGAUUUUUACACAAAGCCAUGGGGCUGCUGAAGAUUGUGGAUGUUCGAAGCUGAACAGAGAGCCUAAGGAAGAUAAGGAGCAGUUGCUACAGAAAGUUUGCCAGCAAAAAUCCCGCAGUGCAAGCAGCCACUACCGAGACUACUAUCAGGAAUUGGAGCCGGUAAUCCACGCAAUGUCGUUAAUUCCUGGAGGAACUUAUAAUGUGGGCACAAACGAGCCACAUUUCCACGGGGACAGGGAGGGACCUGAGCGUCAAGAGAAGAUCAAUGACUUCUAUUUGGACAAAUAUGAAGUUACUAAUGACGCGUUUUCCAUUUUUGUGAAAGACACAAAUUACACUACGGAGGCAGAGGGAUUUGGUGACAGCUUCCUGUUCAAGACACUGCUUAGUACCGAUGAGCAGAAAGCAAUGGAGCACCUUCGCGUGGCCAGUGCUCCCUGGUGGUACAAAGUUUCUGGUGUAAGCUGGCGCCAUCCGAACGGUAAGGACAGCAGCCUUGGAGGACUUGAGAAUCACCCAGUGGUCCACGUUACGUGGCGUGAUGCCGUAGCCUACUGCAAAUGGAUGGGAAAGAGGUUGCCCACUGAGGCGGAGUGGGAGGUGGCCUGCCGGGGCGGAAAGGAGCGCAAGCUCUUUCCUUGGGGUAAUAAGCUAAUGCCUCGAGAGGAGCACUGGCUCAACAUAUGGCAGGGUGACUUUCCCGAAGGCAACUUGGCAGAGGACGGGUUCGAGUUUACUUCCCCUGUAGACACAUUCCGGCAAAAUACCUUCGAUUUGUAUAACAUGGUGGGCAACGUUUGGGAAUGGACAGCAGAUCUUUGGGAUGCCAACGACAUGAGUGAAACCCCCAACCGAGUUAAGAAGGGCGGCUCGUACCUGUGUCACAAAAGCUAUUGCUACCGCUACCGUUGCGCAGCCCGGUCUCAAAACACAGAAGAUAGUUCCGCUGGUAACCUGGGUUUUCGAUGCGCCAAGGAUGCGUGAUCCAUAUUCUUUUAUUAUAUAGAUAUUUGUUAAAAAAUACCUACUUUUAAAAAGUAAUAAGAAACCAAUAAAGAGUACUUUAUACUUGGUACUUGGAACCCGACCCGUGAAACGAAUGUCGAGUUUCUAAGAUUAA